AUGAGACGGUUGAUAUCUGUAAUAUUCCUGGCUCAAUUGGCUCUAGCAGGCAAGCUAUUUCUCUUACCAACUAGCCCAAGUAAUCCGCAGGAUAUCUCUUGGGCAGAACUCGUGCAAGUGCAAUCGCACUUGUUUGGUUAUAGCCAUGCUCUGCCCAUUCCACCCGACCUACAAUCAUCCCAACAUCCACUAAAUAAUCCUGCAAUCUCAUUCACCAAAUCUUGGACCUCUAAUACCCCUCCUGCUGGCUUAUUCCUACUCGUAUCUGGUUGGCCUGACAGCCCCAACGAUGACAUACUCGCCACAUCACCAACAUUCAACUUUGACGACUCGACGUUGAAUGUCGUGGCAUAUACUGACGAUAUCGCCACCCAAAUGUCCAGAAUAUAUAAUGGCGAUAUAGUGGAAAUCACUUCGGAACGCGGUGGUGAAGCGUUCGUUCCUGGUGUAUCACGAUUGUUGAUUGCCGACAACAAACCAAUGUUGGCUGUACCCAGUGCUAGUGAACCAGGCAAGGUUUUGACUCGUGUUGCUCAACGCGUAUAUCAAGAUAAAGCCACUACCUCUACUCUGCUUGAUGUUGAAUUGGGUGUCGUGGAGGAAUUGUUUGCUCAACCACCUGCCACAGAAUCCAACUUUUAUAUCAUCUCGAUUUCUCAACUCGAUAUACUCCUCAAGAAUAAAGGUGCUGAUUCAGAAGAGUACACAUCUGCUGCUGAGCGUGUCAAGAACCUUGUACAAAAGAUUACUACCGACUAUAUCGGUAACUCGCCAAAUGGAUUUGUGCAAAUCAUGACAGUCUCCACUUCAUCGCCACUGCCAAGAAAGCGAGUUGUAGCUUCAAUGUUUAAUCAAGUUGCCGCCAACACAAGUACCAGUUGCCCAAAAGACGUUACUACUUGCAACGGGCUAUUCAAUAACUGCUCUGGUCGGGGCACAUGUACAGCCCAUGCUCUUAUACCAAACCAUGCUCCAUGCUACUUGUGUACAUGUGGCACCAGUCAAGUGGCUGAUAAUGGAACUGCGCUGCCAAACAGGAAACCUGUAGUAUGGGCUGGAGAUAGCUGUCAGUAUCAAGACAUUUCGUAUGAUUUCGGAAUUGUGUUUACUGUUGUUGCAGUGUUGCUUGUUGUUUUGAUUGUUGUGGUCAAGACCAUGAUUGCUGUCGGUGGGAAUGACAGUGUCGGGGCUGGAGAAGGAUCGCGAUCAAAGACUGAUUGA